AAGCCUAAACGGUGGCUCUCGCCCCUGCCAGAUAAUGUCAGGGAAGCACACGACCCUGGAAUCUAUGCGAGCUUGAUGAAUUUCUUUGGCGGAGCACGGGCGUGCAUAUCGCAGGUUUAUCACGGACAACCCACAAAAAUAUUCCUGGCGACGCUCAUCCGGGCGUUCACGUUCUCGCGCUCUGCCAGAGACAUCGAAGGGCUUAUGGGGAACACACUGACCCCCAGCAUGGAGGGUUCAAGCACGUUUGGUGCUCAAUGCUGA